GGUAGUCUCCGCGCAUCUGGAGAGUACUCCGAUCUCAUCAUAACAUGUGGGUCAGAGCAUUUCAAAGUUCACAAAGCCAUAGUGUGUACCCGGUCCGGGUUUUUUGCUUGUGCUCUUCGAUUUCCUGGAAAGGAAUCCCAAGAAAACAAAAUUGACCUCCCGGAAGACGAGCCACACAUAAUCGAGCUAAUGCUCCAGUACAUCUACGAAGGCGAUUAUGGUCCCCUUUGUGGUCAUGUCCAAAACCCAAGCCCUCCAUCUAACGCUUCGCCUAAGAGCUUCUUUCCGCACACCUGCGACUAUGUACCUGCGGGCAAGGUCUAUUGCGACGAGGGUCGCCUGUGCCCCCAUCAUGACUGCACAUUUAAUUGCGGCCGAGGAAGCUUCUCGUGUAGAAACUUCAUUUGCAGAAAAUGUCACCCCACGCGAGAUACGCCGGGUAGCUUUCUUAUUCAUUCCAAGAUGUAUGAAGUUGGCGAAAGAUACGACGUUUUCCAGUUGAAGGAAUUAGCGAGGAAAAGAUUCGAGAUCGCAUGUCGACUCCACUGGAGUGAGCCACACUUCUUUGAAGCAGCUUACUUUGUGUUUACUGCCACACCCGAGAAUGAUGUGGGACUUCGGGAUAUAGUAUGUAGCACUAUAUGCGAUCAUCUUAGUCUCACCAACGAAACGGCAUUUGAAGAGCUCAAAGAGGACGUCGAGGGGUUGGGUUAUGCACUCUUUCAACACCUCAUGAAGAGAGGGCAAGAGGGAGGUUGGCUUAGUAAAUAG